GGGACGGGUCCGAUGAGGGCCGUUCCCCGUUAGAGAGAGACAGACGGCAAGACGAGAAAAAAAACGACUGCGUACAAAAAAAAGCGAGGAGGGUACCAAGAUGGCAGCACAUGCACUGCAUUGGAAGGUUGUUGACCAGUCUGUCGAAGGAUGUGCUCCGGGUAGGAAAGUGGUGGUUCGUGCUGUCAGCUUGAAGGGUGCUCCAACAAAUCGAUAACACACAGGAGUGAAGAAAAGCAUAAGAAGUAAGGAAGAAAAUUAAAUACCAGCCAGUAAACGACCGGGAUAAAAGAUGUCGGCACAACAGCAGUAUUGUUUAAGGUGGAACAAUCACAGGUCGAAUCUUUUAACCGUGUUCGAUCAACUCCUGCAAAACGAGGCUUUUACUGAUGUGACAUUAGCAUGCGAGGGAGGCAUGUCUGUCAAGUGUCACAAAAUGGUUCUCGCCGCUUGUUCGUCAUAUUUUCAGAGCUUGUUCACUGAGUUACCUUGUCGGCAUCCGGUCGUUGUGUUGAAAGAUGUGAGGUACGGUGAAAUGAAAGCAAUUCUAGAGUACAUGUACAAAGGUGAAGUCAACGUGGCUCAAGACCAGUUGGGGGCAUUAUUGAAAGUAGCUGAGGCGUUGAAGGUCAAAGGCUUGGUGGAAGAGAAUGGAAGCAGGCCUCAGAUGAAAAGGCCUGAAGAUGAAGGGAAUGCGAUAUCGACAUCGACCACUUCGCACGCUCCUCCUAGUAGUAGUGUUAACAGUGAAGAAUCUCCGCCACACUCGACUGGAGUACAUCACGCAGGAUUUCCUAAACUACCCUAUUUGUAUGGAAGUAACAAGUUGAUGGGCGAAAGGAGUGGUGGCAGAAUGUCUGUUCCUAUGUGGCCAAUGGAAGGAAUAUGUGUGCCUAACAUGCAGGGUAAUUCAGGCAGUCAGAAUUCUCCUUCAAUGGCAAUGCUUAAUUGGUGUUAUGAAUCUCCAAACAUAGAUCGCCAACCUGUACGAAGGAAAAAACUGCCUAGCCCUCUGCUCAGUCACGACACCCCAAUCCUCAGGACUGUUCUGGGGCAAGGCCAGGCUGAUUCCUCUCAACCAGUUCCUCUGAUUUGCAGGCCAGACAGCUACGAACCUGGUAAUCACUCUCCUUUCACCAACGGAUCAGGGCCAGACCAGGAAACACUAUUAAAUAUAAAACAAGACCCUUCAUUGGGAGACGCACCUUCACCUUACACUGACAUAUCAAAUGUCGAGGAAGAAAAUAGUGAACGGCACUCUCUUUCUGGCUUACAUUCUUCUCAACCACAUUCGAUGUAUGGAGACUCAAAGGGAGGAAUAUCAAGUGCAAUAGCUACUUAUGUGCCGACGUCAAAACCUGCCGAGUGGAAAAGAUACAAACAGUACACGAGAAAUGAUAUUAUGUCUGCAAUAGAGGCUGUAAGGAGAGGAAUGUCUGCUGUGAAGGCUGCUAAAAAGUUUGGAGUCCCUUCUCGGACACUGUACGACAAAGUGAAAAAAUUGGGCAUCACGACAAAUCGCCAGGUGAGGCGAAGUUCGAAUAGCAACGGAAGUCCAGCUUUCCAGUACACUUCAUAUGGAUUGGGUAUGUUAAUAAAUGAAAGUGAACGAUUAACAAAAAAAUUCAAUUCUGUUCAAUCAAUUGAUGUACAAAAUAUAAAAUGUGAAGAUUACGGAAGAGAAGCGAUAGCAGCUAUGGGUGUGGCCUCAAACAUGGAAAACAGUGGAAAUUUCUCAAGUCCUGGAAACAAUGAGCGUUCUCUUAGCCCGAAUUUAAUCAAAUAUGCACAUCGAAGGAGUGUCAGCCCGCUGUCUCUGCAGCAGAUAGAGGAAGACUCGAAUCAGGUGGAAGAUUUAUCUAUUACCCGUAAACCAGAACCGCCUCCUACAUCACGUGUUAUUAUGCCACCAAUGAGCCAAGCCAGCACAAUGGUGACAACAGCAAGUGAUUCCCAAGAUAACACUGACUGACAUAAUUUAUGAAAAACUCAUUGUCAUUUCAAUGACUGUUUCGCCUCCUAUUUUUAGUUAUUUUAUUUUAUAUUACACAUAUAUUGCAUAGAAGUUUGCCAUUGCGUUCGAUACCCCAUAUUAAGAUAUAUUAUUUUCUCUUUUUUGGGAAAUAGUGAGAGGGGUCAGCCAUUCAUAAACUUUUAAGACUGUGAGAAAAGCAGGUAACCAGAAGACUGUGAUAUAUGCACACGUACAUGUCUGCAAAUAAAAAGAUAUAUUUGCACAAUAUAUAAUGUACUGUGUGCAUAUGUCAAUAUUUUAUUGAAAAUACAAAUUAUUUAGAAGCCGAAAUAUUAAUUUCUAGUUACCUUAGUGUAGAAACAAUGAUAUAUACUCCACCAUAUACUACUUAUGAUUACCUUUGUUAUACAUUCUACCUCAAUUCAAGACUUGAAGUGAAUAUAUUACAAUUUACAUUUAGUGAGAACAGAUACUGAGAACAUGAUACUUAUAACUGGACGAGAUUUUAAAGAAAACUGUUUCACCACAGUCUGUCGUGUGUUGAUUUCAUUACCAUACAUUAAAUAAAUAACUACCUCAAUUCAUAAUGAGAUUUCAGAGAAUAAAGUCUUCAUUUCGCCGUGCGGUAAUGACAUUUUGAUAUGAUCCAUUGGUGAAGUAUUAUUUAUCAUGUUCCUCAAGACAGACGACAGAGUAAACUAUAAGACUGAAUAAUUUUUAUAUGUUUGUUGUUAAUUUUAGUCAAAGUAAACCUCAUUUUCUAAUGAGGAACAAGCAAGACUGACAGUAAAUUCAUUGUUAAUUUCAUUUCACUAUUAAAUGAUCUUUUAAGAUUAUUAUGUAUAAAUAUAUAUAAAACAUAUAUCACUGGUAUAUUUUUUC